CUUUUGGCCCUUAUCCCAUAGUUCAAAUUGCUAAAACGAGUCUCCCUCUAGUAGCUUGCAGGCUGAAGAAGAAGACAGCCAGCCAUGGCAACCACGUUCAGCCUCCUCCAACUCCCAGUCCUUUCCUCAUCAAAGCAGAAACAACCCAUCAUCCCAAAGUCGUUUUCCUCAAUACCCAUCAGACCAAAUCCUCCCCAGAUCUCCCAAAACCCUCUUAAACAAACCAUUAAUUCACCGCUCAAAUUCGCCCCUCUCCCUCUUAGUUGCAUUUCGCUGACUUUCCUUUUCGAUGCUCAGGAUGCUAUUGCGGUUGGUGGGGAAUUUGGGAUUCUUGAAGGGCGUAGCUUUGCCAUGAUUCACCCUAUUGUUAUGAGUGGGCUGUUUGUUUACACCCUGUACGCCGGAUUCCUUGGUUGGCAGUGGCGGCGCGUGCGCACACUCCAGGAUGAGAUCAGUGAGCUGAAGAAGCAAGCCAGGGUGCCAGUUAUAGACGACACCACUCCUACUGAUCUCUCUCAGGCAUCUCCUGUUGAAGUCAAGAUUCAGCAACUUACUGAGGAGAGAAAGGCAUUGGUGAAGGGUUCAUUCAGGGAUAGGCAUUUCAAUGCUGGUUCUGUAUUGUUAGGGUUUGGGGUCUUUGAGGCCAUUUCAGGAGGAUUUAACACUUGGGUUCGGACGGGGAAGCUGUUCCCAGGGCCUCACUUGUUUGCAGGGGCAGCAAUUACUGUCUUGUGGGCUGUAUCUGCUGCUCUUGUACCUGCAAUGCAGAAGGGAAGCGAAAGUGCUAGAAAUCUUCACAUUGCGUUAAAUGUGUUGAAUGUCCUCCUUUUCAUGUCUCAGAUCCCUUCAGGAAUUGAAAUUCUCUUCAAAGCAUACCAGUUCACCAGUUGGCCUUGAAAUGAAACCCAGCUAUUUGGGAAAACAAAAGAAAUUGUUCACUUUGGUUAAGAAUAUCAUGGAGAGAGCAAUGAAAGUAAGAGAUAUUGCUGCAACAGAAGCAUUUUAAGGGGAAACACUUCUUUCUUGACUAUCCUUCGACACACUGGUUGUAUUACUGAAGGUCAAUGUGGAUAUGUAUGUCAUAUGAAUCAAGGAAUGGUCAAUGUACAUUCGCACUGCCUAUAUGUAUGAGUACACCAUUUCUAUGGUCUAAUGUUGUGUUUAGUUGCUUUGAGUUGUUGCUUGUCCCAGCAAUGUCAACACAAGUACUGUGCUGUCCGAUAAGUUUAUUGAAACCAUUUUUUCUUUCUUACAAAGCGACCAUUUUAUUCCUUGAGCCAAGUAAAAAAAGUUAAGGCAGUAUAGUUUAUGCUUCAUUCGGCAAGAAAGGCAGCAUCACCGGCACGGUAAUUCCAUUCUAUGUGGAUAUGGCAGAACAGAAGUACAGAACUUGGAUUCUGCUAUUUAUCUUCUUGAUAAAGAUGCGAUUCACGAGCUAUUUUGUACCAUGGAAAAAUUAGCUGCAUUACACAGAUAAUUUUUCUUGCUUGAAUCACUCCGAAUGUAAUGAUCCCACACCGGUCAUGUGCUUGUACUUUUGGGAGUGAGUUUUAACACCGAACAUAAUGCUCUUGUACUUUUGUAGCCCAUCUCCAAAACAAGCUUUAAAGUUUAAAC